AUGGUUGUAAAUGCUGCAAUGUUUAAGUGGAUAAGGGCUAUUUCACCUCAAGGGAUUGUGAUAAAGUUGAUGCCAGAAAAAAAAGAAUCUUUUUCCCUAAACCCAGUUUGCUCAAUACACUAUGCAUCCCGUUCCAAUUCCCCGUUCACUGAGAAGCAUUCAGCGGAGAGGUACCAGACGGACAACUGGAUUUACAAGAACCAAUUGGAGCAGCCCUCUUCUUGCCCGCUCCUAGCUGACCCUGACCCUACCUUUGUCAAGGACUAUGACAUUGCUCAGCAGCUCCCUGAGCUCAAGAAGUUGCUUCAGGUGUUGAGGGAGAAGAGAGGGGAAAACGGUAGCGGUGAGAAGAGAGGGCCCGGUAAUGUGUUUUUGGUGGGGACAGGGCCAGGGGACCCAGAAUUGUUGACUCUCAAGGCGUUGAAAGUGAUUCAGAAUGCUGAUUUGCUGUUGUAUGAUAGAUUGGUUUCUAAUGAUGUGCUCAGUUUAGUGGGUCCUGAUGCUAGGCUUCUCUAUGUUGGCAAAACUGCUGGGUACCAUAGCAGAACACAGGAAGAAAUUCAUGAGUUGCUUUUGAGUUUCGCUGAAGUUGGGGCCAACGUUGUGCGUCUAAAAGGAGGGGAUCCAUUGGUGUUUGGACGGGGUGGAGAAGAGAUGGACUUUCUACAACAACAAGGAAUUGAAGUGAAAGUCAUUCCUGGUAUUACGGCAGCUUCUGGAAUAGCUGCAGAGCUCGGAAUCCCAUUGACACACCGUGGCAUUUCCAAUAGUGUUAGAUUUCUUACUGGCCACUCUAGAAAAGGAGGAACAGAUCCUCUAUUUGUAGCCGAGAAUGCUGCUGACCCUGACUCUACCUUGGUUGUUUAUAUGGGAUUGUCAACUCUUCCUUCUCUUGCCUCAAAGUUGAUGUAUCAUGGCCUACCUCCGGAUACGCCGGCUGCUGCUGUUGAACGAGGGACCACGCCACACCAACGCUCAGUAUUUUCUGAAUUGAACAAUCUAGCAGAUGAAAUUGCUUCGCAUCAAUUGGUAUCACCAACUUUGAUCAUCAUCGGGAAGGUUGUUGCACUUUCACCAUUGUGGCCACAUUCUACUGAAGGGGCUCCAGUCUUGGUUGAGGCCAAAUUAUAGAUGGAGAUCAUGCACUCAUGAUGGCCUGCAAGCAUUAUUUGCAGGUAAUAAUAUAUGGCCUUUGGUUACCGAGGGUGUUUUCUUAUGUUCAGUUUGACACGUUGGUGCCAGCCUGGAUGCUAAUUAGGCAAGAAUGCUGCUGCUUACUGCUUUUUUUGAGCUGAAUCUCGUAUGAGAUGAAUGCUACUAACGAUUCUUUAGGAAGAAAAACGAAGGAUGGUUGGAUUUACGAUGGAUGUGGGCAUUGGAGGAGCAAAAUGAACAACAUUUCCAUUGGUCUGUUUGAAAUUUGAAGUGUAGAUGGGAUAGGCAAAUCUUGAUUGUGGCUACUGCCUACUGGCUGUUCAUUGAGUUACCCAAUAGUAGAUUAAUCAUUUUCUUUAAGGGAUGAGAAUUUGAGAUUUGAUAAAUUUUCUUUGGGGAAAUUGCAGCUUUAGGCUUUGAAAUAAGGUAGGUGUAAUUUUCAAUCCUAAUCAAUAUGGAGUUGCAAAUUAGUCAUCAAAGUGUUGUAUUUAAUUCUUGUUCUGAUGAAUGGAAUUAUUUUAGACGAAAAUUUAAACAA